GCGGCGCUGCCCGCCUCGGUCUGUGCACGCUGAUCCUGACCAGGAGGAGGUGGGAGUUAUUUGCUAGUGGUGGUAGUGGGCUAGCAAAGGACUACGUGCAAACCGUGCAGACUGCCAAGCUCCGUUUACCACUCCCAGUAGCGCUCUCUUCUUCUUCUCUCUUUUUUUUUUUUCUGGAAAAAAACUGGGACCGCCUGCCUCUUAGACAGUUAUCCACCACUGUUAGCUGCCCUCUUACUCAUCGUUGACUUCGACUCAAAUUAAGCGAGGAUCGUGAUAACCGCAAACGGCCAGCAGCCGUGAUCAUCAGAGGCCGGGGGUUGUGUGAUGAGACCGCCCUGCAGCGGGGAUUUGGUAACGCUGAGAUAAAAGUCGGCUUUUUGUUGCCAGGACGAGUUUCGGUUUGGAUCGACUUUUCGCCUUUUAAAUCCUGAUUAUAGAAGAAACGUUACAGAAGAGCACGGCUACUACUGGGGCGCCUGGGGGGGAUCGCUGGUGAGUUCACGAUGUGAAGUCCAGCUGAAGAAUUGUGGCCGGUCCCGUGGAUCGUGCAGCAUCUUGAAAGAACCUCAGUGCAGUCACACGCUAUUAUCAGCAGGAUUAGAGCCAGGCAUUUUCAGAACCCGCAUAUUGGAGCCAGGCAUUUUCAGAACCCGCAUAUUGGAGCUCAAAGUUAUCCAUGAGCUCCGAUUUCCCACACUACAGUUUCAGGAUGCCAAAUAUAGGGUUCCAGAACCUUCCCCUCAACAUCUACAUUGUGGUGUUUGGGACAGCCAUCUUUGUCUUCAUCCUCAGCCUGCUCUUCUGCUGCUACCUAAUAAGGUUACGGCACCAGGCGCACAAAGAGCUAUAUGCUUACAAACAAGUCAUUCAAAAGGAAAAAGUCAAAGAGCUAAAUUUGCAUGAGAUUUGUGCAGUGUGUUUGGAGGAGUUCAAACAGAAAGAUGAGCUGGGGAUUUGUCCAUGCAAACACGCCUUUCAUAGGAAGUGCCUCAUUAAGUGGUUGGAGGUGAGGAAAGUGUGCCCGCUGUGCAACAUGCCUGUCUUGCAGCUCGCCCAGCAGGCCGGCAGCACAGACCCGCCUGUGCAAAUAGAGCAGCCUUUGCCUGGUAUUGAGAACUUGGUGUAGCAGACUGAAGCCCUUCCUCACAGUACACUACAAACACACACAUCCCGACACUCAUGCUCUUACCUGUACAGGUAAGUAUGAGUGUGUGGACAGACUAGAGAAACUGGAGUUACUGCGCAGAUCCACGCAAAAGCUGUGAAUCUGCCGCCGCCGUCACCUCUCAUAUCGUUUUUGCAUUGGUUCACAAAAGGAUUCAGAAUCAGCUGUUUUCACCUGUUUUGUUUUCACGGACUAUGAAGAAGAGCUGAUAACGAAGAAGUUUUCCUUCUCGACCGAGAUGGUCGAUAACUUUUUCACAACCAAAGCACUUUUCUGGGGACACCAGAGAAAGACCAGGAGGAAGAAGGAAAAGAAAAAAACAGAAGCCAAGAAAAGACAAUACACUAAAAUAUGAAUAGUUUUUCUUUUAUUUAACAAGCACUUUAUGAGAAAGUCAAAUUGCUUGUGGCUCUGAGUCCCAAGGUCAUGUUUUAUAUUUUAUCAUUAACUCUCAUUUCUGUGUACAGUACAAAUAAACCGGGGUUUUUCAUUUUUAAUUGGUAAACUUGGAUGUAUUAUUAUUAUUCUUUUUUUAAACAAAAUAAUUGUAUAUACAAAGGGACAACAAUACCUAUGACAGUAGAUACCAGGAAAUUUGAACAGAAACUGAAGUCAGCGUAACCUCGAGACUUUACAGCCGACUGAAUGUGAAAGGUUUUUACACACAGGCAAACACUUGCGAUGAAACAUGAAGAAUUUGAGCUGUAAGUGUUACAGUGGCUUGUCUUCACAAACAUUUCACAAACACAAAGGCAGCGAGUGUCAUACUGUUGAGUUAGCAUCGCUCAAAAUAUCACCGCACAUCCUGCUAGAAAAUCCGAAUGACUUCCGACUUCAAAUGUGCUGCAUUUACUGUUGAAUUUGUUUUUGCUUCUGCUCUAUUUUUUUUUUUUUUUUUUAAUUUAUUGUGGUGUCUCGGUACAGCUUCAUAGAGAAAACGAGUUAGUGGAUUUGCACCGCAUCACAUGUGCUGCCCUCAGCAUAUCAUCGGCAUAUCUUUCAAAGUGUACACAUAUAUGUGCGUUGGAGGGGGUCGACCCGCGCACACCCUCAGAGGCAGUGGUCAGCAGGUUGUAACGAAGCAGCACUUUCAUUCACACACACACACACAGGUUCAGCUUUUUGGCUGCAGUAUUCUGGCGCUUUCGCCUCUCCCUCUUUCUGUAUGGGACAGCGUGCUUUUGUUUGUUGCCACACAUGCAUUAACCCUGAGCCCUGGCCUUUGUGGAUUUUUCUUUGUCUCCUGUUCAUAUGCUGUGGGUAGAUGGUGGGCUAAAGAAAAGCUGAGUUUCAUAGUGAUGUAUCUGAGAUAAACUGGAGAUUGUCAUCUAUCAGUGAUGUGUGUUUUCCAGUAACAGCUGUGUGUUACCUUUUCAGAAGCACAAACAACAAAAGAAGUUCCCCCGCUACAAAAACUGAGCUUUCUGUCAGGGCUACCAUGCAUUAUACUGACAUCUAAUUUUAUAAUGCUUUCUGGCUUCCUUUCUAAAUAAUUAAAUAUAGGCUGAGGUUCUCAAUAGGUGGACAGCUUAACAAAGUGACAAAGGCUUUUCCUGUUAAUUGUUACUCUGAUCUGAAUGUCAGGCUGCACAUCACGGGGCUAACCUCUGUGGUGGGGUUAGUGAAUAAUGUCCCAGCGAGGCGUUAAAUAAGAACAAAAACAGGGUUUUUCUGUCUUGUGCGAGGUUCCCUCCUCCUACAUGAAAGCAGUAAGGUGCUACGAUCGAUUAAACUGGCUGAAAUGUAUUGUCCCUGCGUCAGACUUAUUUGAACAAAAAUAAAUAAAUAAAAACUGCCACAAUUGUUUAAAAAAAAAAAAAAAAAAAAAAAGGCCAGGACUGCAUCAGACAGCAUCUCCACUUCUAAUUUGUGAUCAGGAAAUAGUUUUAUGUUGAACAAAAGAAGCAGCAUCAUUGUGACGGACAAUAUUUGUUACCUUUUCUUGGUUUUGGUUAUGAAGAGGCUGUGACUGUUUCUGCACUCGAAUUAUCCCCAAACUGUCACUCUAUGUUUCUUCCAGUGUCCCCCGAUAGACACCGAUAAUGACACAAGUCUUAAAGCUUUGCUCCUGCUCGUGGAUUUGUCUUUGAAUGUAUGGUUCAUGAGAGAAAGGAGAGAUUUAAUGUGAAAGCGUGCCAUCUUGCGUAGUCAAGUUGCCACUUGUAUCACCACUGUUAGAUGUAUGUAGACGCUAGUAUCAUAAAUAAUGUAUUUUUACGGUGCACGAGAAGCGCCCCUUUGUGUAAACUGAAUGGCAGCUGACACUUCCUGCAGUUUAGCCAUCUUAAAGUGUUGCUGGAUUGUAACCACCCUUCAUACCGAUUUCCUUCCCGUGCGCCGUCCUGAUCCCGCUAACGAGAAGGUGCCAAUUCACGGUGAAUCAGAUUGAUCGUGAAAAGAGAUGCGAGGGAGUUUCUGUGAGGCUGUGGGCAGAAGAGGCUGGAAGCUGAGCCAGUCAUGAAUAUAGUAAUGAACGACUUCCCACCGCUGAAAUCAGCAUUGACGUCAGCGUUGCUCCUGAGUUACCUCUGCUAUAAAUAGACGACAGUCAGGAGCACAGUUUUACAUCAAGAAUUUACUCGUUUUUGGAGUGGAGAGCUUCUGAAUGGUGGCAUCACAAAGCCAUUCUGAUGAUUGUCCCUUUAGGGCGCAGGGUUUGAUGGAAGAAUGUGACAGACUCUACACUUUUAUUAAUAAAAUAUAUGAAGUCGUUAACUUUCCCUUGUGGAUGAUGGUUGCAUUAUAUUUCCAUGAUUGGUUUUGAUGGCCCGACCGUUCAGGAUUUUUUUUUUUUCUUUUUUUAAAUCUGUCACUGCUGCCCUGACGUGAACUUUCUCCUUGUUCGUAUGGUGUGCUAUUUAUUUCCCCCCCAGCUCCCGUACUGACCUCUUUACCCACAAAUACCC